AAGCGUUAUCUUAAACGAGUUCAUUAAUAAACCAACACCGGCUAGCGAAUUUCAGAAAAGAAAAUUGAUUUUAUCAUGGCAAGGUUUAUAAAUCUAUUUUAAUCCCAUCUAACGUGUAAACAGGUCAGAUAGUGCACUCGCACUACACAUCCAAUGCUCGCCUACCUUGGUUUCACCGAUAUAUCUUCAACUAUAUCGUAUGGCAUGUCACGGUGACUUGUCACAACUCGUUUUCAAGUUUAUAAGGUUGGAUGUUUAUUUGCGAUCACUUCCUGAUACCAAGGACAUUAAUUAUUGUCAUGGCUGCUUCAGACCGCAGAGCGUUCGAAAAAGCCAUAGGUAAGGCGGGAGGUAAUGUUCUGCCGAUGAAAGAGCUUGCGGUGUCUGGUAUUGUCUGUUUGAAGAAGGACACAGAAAAAGAACAUACGCUGAAAGUUGACUUCAACAUACAGUCCGACGGAAAUAUUGUCCCUGGGUCAACACAGCACGUCAUCGACAACAUUCAGAGAGAUAGUGCGGAUGCUACUGAACUCAAAAAGGACAUCUGGAAGUACUCCCAAAGAUUGAUUCGUUACGAAGAUAACUUACAUCUGUUUGGCGUUAUAAAAGUAUCACACCAAACUACCGAUUAUAUCGUCACUCUCAAGCAAACUGUCGGUCAUCCUACAGGAAAAGGUCAAAAGAAAACUGUCGGUCAUCCUACAGGAAAAGAUCAAAAGCAAACUGUCGGUCAUCCUACAGAAAAAGAUCAAAAGCAAACUGUCGGUCAUUCUACAGGAAAUGGUCAAAAGCAAAUUGUCGGUCAUCCUACAGAAAAAGAUCAAAAGCAAACUGUCGGUCAUUCUGCAGGAAAAUGUCAAAAGCAAACUGUCGGUCAUUCUAAAGGAAUCGGUCAGAAUCAAGCUGUCGGUCAUCCUACAGGAAAAGGUCAAAAACAAACUGUCGGUCAUUCUAAAGGAAUCGGUCAGAAGCAAGCUGUCGGUCAUUCUACAGGAAUCGGUCAGAAGCAAACCGGAGCUAAAACUGUCACUCCAAAAGUUGGCAAGACGCCUAAUGAGAAAGACGACCGGUGGUCGCAAGAUAUACUUCUUCCAUCUGGAAGCUUAGUUGCAAACAAAAGUGGCACAGAUCUUCCUGUGAAUAAUGAUAAACCGUCUAUUCCACAACGCAGACCUGUAGCCUUUAUAGAGAAAUACAUUGCCAAGAAACCUAAAACGUCAGAAAACGAGAGAACAUCCUGUCAAAAGAUUGACAGUUCCAUAAGUGGUGCGACAGGAGGAAAAAUAAAUGAUUCUAUUAAAAAUACAGCAACAAGUAAACCUAGUACAUCGGCAAACUUUAAGAUGGGAGAAGAAGACAGAAGUCACGGUGUGCUGAGCUCCUCAAAUAGCGGUACACAGCAAAUACAGUCGACUAGGGUUGUUUUCUCUUGCGGAAAUUGUGGAAGUAAGGAAUUACAAACCAGAAAAGGAAUAAUAUCGCACAUUAAAAAAUGCGCUAUGGUAGAGCACGAGGAAGCACUACGCUAUAUUAUAAAAAAAAGAGUACCAUGUCAUCCUGUACAGCGUGAAAUGAAAACUGAAAAAAUGGCAUCGGGUAAAGAUAUGAAACGAAAAAGAGAUGAUUCACCAGAUGAAGGAUUACAUGCAAAGCCAAAGGAACCGAAGAUGGGGAUGAUAUGUAAAAUAUGCAAUGCUAGGUUUGAAGAGCAACGCUUUUGUUAUAGUCAUAUCAACAUAUGCCAUCCUGAAGCACCCGAGCCGAUUGCUAGUCAUAUUAUGUUUGAAGUAAAAAACAAAAACGAUACAUAUUUGGUGUAGAUAUGAUUUUAAAAUAUAACCAAACUCAGGACUGUUUUACUUUGCACUGCAGUAGAUACGUGUAUAAAAAUAUGUACAAAUAAGUUUAAAAUCGUCGGGUUUUCCCUUGUAUCAAAUGAUAAGCAGAUAUAAUCAUAUUAUGAAAGAUAUAAAAUACUUGCACUAUA